AUGCCUAUCUACACCUACAUCAUCGAGACUUCACAAGUCACACAUAUAUACAAAAUGGUGCAAGUUCUCGAGGACAUAUAUGGUAGGGAUAGGUUCGGUGUACAGGAAAUCGGCCCAACGGGUUUCCGAAUCAAAGUGACUACUUUUGAUCCCAAAGCGCCAUGGAAGAGACUUAGAGCGCUAGGUAUGGUAGUUUGA